AUGAUAUCACGGGUUUCACUCCUUCGCCUACAACAUGCAAGGAAAAUAUUGACUACUUCAGCAUCCACCAGCUCUAAACCGUCUACUCUCACAAUCGGAAACGUCAGUGUCCAACUGCAGGAAGCGAAGAAUACGGAUUUUGUCCCCGCCUUCUACGGAUGGAAGUCUCAACCUCCACAAGACUUUCUUCCACACUUGAAAUGGCUCAUUCAAAAAGAUCAGCUCAAGCAGGACGUGUUUCUGCUAGGAGUUCCUGGCAAGAUCCGAUUGGAAUUGGUGUUGAGAUAUUUGGAAGCUACUAAUCGAGAAUUCGAGUACCUCCCAAUCACCAGAGACACUACUGAAGCUGAUAUCAAGCAACGUAGAGAAAUCAGAGAUGGAACAGCUUAUUACACAGAUUUGUGCGCAGUUCGAGCAGCAUUGGAAGGACGAGUCUUGGUAAUCGACGGUGUUGAGCGAGCUGAGAGAAAUGUGCUUCCAAUCCUCAAUAACCUUUUGGAAAACCGAGAAAUGCAGCUGGAUGAUGGAAGAUUCUUGAUGAAGCAUGACAAGUACGAUGAGUUAAAGGAGAAGUAUGAUGAAGCGACAUUAAAGAAAAUGGGAAUGGAAAGAGUGUCUGAAAACUUCCAUGUGAUUGCUCUCGGUCUUCCUGUACCCCGAUUCCCAGGAAACUCGCUGGAUCCACCAUUCCGCAGCAGAUUUCAAUGUAGAAACAUUGAGGAGCUGUGUUUUAACACGUUUUUGGAGGAAGCAAAGCGUUUGGCACCGAGGGUCAAGGAGUCUGAACUCAAUGAUUUGAUUUCUGUUGUUUAUGCAUACAACUCGGAGGCCACCACGUCCAGACCCAGGAUUGCGACGUCAGUUGUGGAAAAUACCUUGAAAAUUUGGAAUGUGAACCCAAGGUAUUCAGCUGGUCAGAUUCUGGAUUUUACCUAUCCAGCAAAAGAAGUGUUGUCGGAUAGUGAGAAAGAGCUUAUUGAGACUUUUAAAAACAAAUUUGAUUUGAAAAGCAAUGAGAAUACAAGAAAACUUAAAAUCAAAGAUGGAUUGAUUUCCGUUCGAACCACUAAAGCUACACAGACACUGAACCUACCAAAACCCUCUCAUCCGUCCACAACCAAAGCAACAUGGAUUCCAACUGACAAACAAGAAUAUCUCAUUGCAGACCUUGCAACAGCAUUCUCAAAAGGAGAUUUUGUUUUGAUUGGUCCGAAAGGUUCCGGUAAAUCAACGAUUCUUGCUGAACUUUCCCAAAGACUCAACUACAACUACGUCACAAUGGUAUUGCAUCAGGAUAUGAAUACUAGAGAGCUUAUCCAACGCCGACAUAUGAAAGAAAAUGGUGACACUGUCUGGGAAGAUUCGAUUUUAGUGAGUGCAGCUAGAAAUGGUGAUGUCUGUGUAUUGGAUGGUGUCGAAAUGGUGCAUCCCAGCGUUUUGAUGUCGCUCGCUCAACUGAUUUAUCAUCGAAGAUUUGAUCUACCUAACGGAAAUCGUCUAAUUGGAGAAAAUGAGUUUGGAGCCAUUAUGGAGAGAGAUGGAGCUGAUGAAGCAACAAUGAAUCAACGCGGUGUAUUCAAAAUACCCGAAUCGUUCCGUCUACUGUUUGUUGGAGAGUCACAAUCAAAAGAGCACAAAUGGAUCAACGAGAAUGUGCUCUCAAUCCUUCCUUUCUUCACAGUACCCCACCUCUCCCUCGUCGAACAAUCUAACAUCAUUUCGCAAAUCACUCACGGCAACAACACGAAAUCUGUAAACAAAUUGAUCGAAUUUGUGGAAAGUAUCAAAAAUUCCACGGAUUCUGGACUCAAAAACACUGCCACCUCGCUAUCCCUCCGUCGGCUAAUUCACAUUGCGAAGCGAGACCUGAUGCAACCAGGACACUUGCAAGAACUUGUUGAAAAGGCUGCUCUGUCAAAGUUCUUACCUCAAAUCACCAAGGAAACUUUUGAGCAUGAGAUGAAAACCGCUAAAAUCUACAAUGACACGAAGAUUCGUACCAAAGAAGAUCAAAAGUACCUCGAUAUGAUCCGAGCCGAGACAGAGAGACCGGAAGAUGAGGCAUUGAUCCCAAAUGUUUUGUUCCAUCAUAACAAACAACACGAUGAAGUUUUGGAAGACAUGGCAAGAGAUAUGAAACUCGGAAGUCACUUGCUGCUGAUUGGAAACCAGGGAGUUGGAAAGAACAAGCUGACAGAUCGGUUCCUCCAUCUGAUUAACCGACCACGUCAAUAUAUGCAACUUCAUAGAGACACGACUGUCCAAACAUUGACAAUGCAAACCGUCGUUGAGAAUGGAAUCAUUCGACAUGAAGAUAGUGCGCUAGUGAAGGCUGCUAGAAGUGGACAGAUUCUGGUCAUCGACGAAGCCGAUAAAGCUCCUCUUCACGUCAUUGCAAUUCUGAAAACUCUUUUGGACACUGGAAACUUGGUGCUUGGAGAUGGAAGGUCACUACGACCGGCUGCAUCAUUUACCGAUGCUGACAAAAGAAAUGAUCGCCUCGUCCCAAUCCAUCCUAACUUUAGAAUCAUAAUGUUGGCUAACAGACCAGGUUUUCCAUUCCUUGGCAACAAUUUGUUUGCGGUUCUCGGAGACUUAUUUGCAAUCCACAUGAUUGAUCAUCCGGGUAGAGCAAGUGAAUUUGAAAUGAUUCGGAAGUAUGGACCAAAUGUGAAUGCUGCUGUCCUCAAUCAACUGCUCACUAUUUUCAACGAACUUCGUGACAAAACCGACCAAGGAGUGUUACAGUACCCUUACUCCACACGUGAACUUGUCAAUAUUGUACGACACUGUAAUGAAUUCCCAAAUGACCCACUACCAGAAGUUUGCCGCAACGUGUUCGACUUUGAUUCUUACAGUGAAGACACCAUUGCAGUCAUACACGAAGUCUUCCAGAAGCACGGAGUACCACUAGGCUAG